AAAAAGAUGAUACUAUACGAAAUGUUACUUUGAAAAUAAAACCGGAAGUUGUACUAUCACUUCCUCACCAGCAGCGGACACACGCAUAGCGUUGAGCGAGUAUUUGCUUUAAAAAGACCCGGUUAUGUGACAGUGAUUUGGUAAGAAGGAAAACGCACUUGCUCCUCUGUUAGCGUCCAGAAAAAGGCGGGGGGAGCAGCCGGUACCGAGCAGGUCUGUGGUCCGCUCUCACUUCCGCUUCCCCCUGAUGAUACAGCCAGGAGCUCCGGGUCGGUGUCGAACCGGGAGGAUAAUACUCUAAAAGAUGAGCCACAAGAUAGAGUCCGAAUCUGAGCCUCGGUUCUACGGGUUCACCAGGACAGCGUCCACUGUGCUGACCCACGUCGUCUGUAUUGGUUUCACCGUAUUUAUCACACUUCUGUCUCGACCUGGAACAAGCUGGUUCUCUUGGCAUCCUUUCCUGAUGACAUUAGCUUUUGGAUUCUUCAUGACAGAAGCGAUCCUCCUCUUCUCACCUCAAGGCUCCCCCAUCAAGAAGUUAACCCACAAGACCAAGGGUCGCAUCCACUGGAUCCUGCAGUGCCUGUGCGUGUCCUGUGCAGUCCUCGGCCUGGCUGCCAUCUCUUAUAACAAACACCUGAACGGUAAACCCCACUUCACCUCCUGGCACGGCUGGCUGGGCCUGCUCACGGUGUGUGUGGUUGGCGUGCAGUCGUUGGCGGCGGUGCCUCUCAUUUACCAUUCCCUGGCCAAAGGCUGGUCCCUCGCCAAACUGAAGCGCUACCACGCGGCGGCCGGACUCCUCACCUACCUGCUGGGCAGUGGCAGCCUGCUGCUUGGGCUCUGCUCGGCGUGGUUCAGCGCGUCGGUCAGAGAGUCCAUCUGGUACCUGGCGGCGCUCUGCCCUGCCCUCUGUGCCCUCAUCAUCAUGAACCAGGUCUCCAGGGCUUACAUCGCUAAAAAACGGAUGCAGUCCUGAUGGAGAGCGUGCUGUGGACAGCGACUGAACGCCAGCGACUGAACACCAGCGAUGCCUGGUAGCCCUCUAAUUUAUAUAUUUAAAAAAAAGAUGGAUAUCAGUGCUAUUUACAAGGAAGUCUGUGCUUUUGAGUCUUACAACAUGCUUUUCUAAAGGGUCUUGUCAUUCCGGGAAGCAUCGGUGAAUAAGUGAGACUUUUAUGGCCUUUUGAUAACGACGCAAUCUGGUUACUGUGGACUUUUUCAGAUUUCUUUCCAAACAUUAACUUGACUUUCAGAAUGCAGUUAAGUGAGAUACUGAAAAUGAUUAAUGGCGUUGCAUUUUAAAAUUUUUGUUUGGUUUGAAUGCAGAGCAGUGGGAUGAGCAAUCCGAACCCACUUUAAACCUCUGCAUUAGAAGAUUAGAUACAUUUGGUAUUGUAUCAUUUUGUUUUCCCAUGUUUGCAAAUCCCAAAUGACAGUGUAUUUUUUGCAUCCCGGCUCUUUGAAUGUUUUUUUUCAUUUUAUAAUGAUAUAACAAUGAAUAAACCACAUGUUUAUAUUAAAGAUAUUUCUGACUUACAUUGAAAGA